AUGAUUAAAAUAGCUUUGGAAUUUGGAGUAGAUAUACAAAUUUAAGUAAUAUUUAAUAAAUUGGUGAAAUUGGAAUACUUGAUAGUAGUUGCUUUCAUUUUUUUAGUAUAUAAGAUAGUAUUACUAAUGAAUUACAUUUUUUGUAACACGAAUGUAUUAAUUAUGAGACUUAAUCAAUAAAGAAAUAUUUUUAAAUUUUAACUCAAGAUUGAAAUAAUUUAAACAAGAAAUAUUUAUCAAUGAUGCUUUUUAUGAAUCAACCUGGUAUUUUUAGGGUAUUUUAAAGAUUCCUGAAGAAAAUAUAAUAUAUAUGGCAUUAUAUAAAUAAUGGAUUUAGAUUUUUGUUAAAUAAAUUUAAUUUGAAUUUUUAUCUGAAGAAAAUAAUUAUAAAUUGAUAAUAGGAGGUGAUUUGAAAGUAAGUCAGAAUUCACCAUUAUUUACUUUUGAAAACCGAUUACUUUCAUAUUUUCCUGGAGACAUUGAAUAUAUAUCCGAGGGAUAAUUAUAAGAAUAUGAUUAUUUUUAUUUAGUUGAAAUACAUAAUAAUAAUGAAUGUGUUUGUUAAAGUAAUUAAAGAACCAGAAUAGAGGAUGUUUUGAUAGAAAAAAAAGGAUUAUAUGAGUUUAUAUCUCAAGAAUCAAAUUGUUAAGAAUUUUUAUUAUCAGGUUGGAUUAAAAUUUAGGACAUUAUUUAAAUAGAAGAAGAAUUAAAUUAUUAAUUAAUAAGACUAUCAGGUAAUUUUCAGAAUCUUCGAUUGAUUGAUGCAUAUUUAUGUGCAUUUUAAUUAUUUUACAAAUUAUCUUCAUUAAGAAACUAGAUAAUUAUAACAACCUAUAGUUAUACUUUUCCAUCUGUAAAUAUGAAUUUUUCAAACAAUCCUUACCUAAAAACUUAAACAUAUAGAGGACUAGGAUAUUAAAUAAUGGCAUAAUAUUAAUAUAAAACUUUAUUUCUAUUUCAAUAAAAUUAUACAAAGGCUUUUAGCAAAAAGAAUUCAAUUUCAAUUUAGAUGUAAUGCAAUUAAGUAUGA